AUGUCAACAUAUGAACAUGAGUUGUUAAACAUUGAGACUUUUGUUCUCAAAGUACAUAUGCACUGUCAAGGGUGUAGGAUCAAAGUCAGGAAAGUACUCAGAAAAAUUGAAGGUGUCCUUAAAGUAGACAUUAAUGCAGAAGAGCAGAUAGCAAUAGUCACAGGCAUUAUCAAUCCUUCAACUUUGGUCCAAAAGUUAGCAAAAUUGGGUAAACAUGCAGAAAUUUUGAAUGAAGAUUACAACGAAGAUGACACAGAUCAUGAUGAAGAAAAUGACAAUAAUCAAGAAUACAUAAUAAAUGACCAAAGUGCUUUUGAAAAUAAGUAUAUGAUUCCAACUAUCUAUGGAAAAGAUAACUAUGGACCUGAAUGGUAUUAUAAUCAGGAUAUGGAUGCAAAAACCAUGGAAAACAGCUUUAAUCAAAAUUUGGCAGUGCCAUCACCAAUGUUUUAUGAAAGUUUUAACAAUAGAGCAAAUGAAGAUGUUACCAGAACCAAUGAAUACCCCAAAUGGCAAUGGCCUGCAAUAUUUGAAGAUAAUUGUAGUGGAACCAGUUACUCUGGGUUUGGAAAUCAAGAAUGGCCACAUAACAUCUCUGGAAAAUCAUCUCUGAUGGCUAAUAUACAUGGACACUACCAUGGUUAUUAUCACCCUUCAAAUUAA